CUGGACGACUUGCUGGUUAACCCGACGCGGGGCCCAUCUCGACCCACCCGGUUCGCGCCCAAGGGCUCCAAGUUCAAACCCAAAACCAAAAACGAACCAUGUCAAUCUCGUUCAGUUGAGUUAUCGCCCAGGGGAAUCUGAUUCUACUGUCUCUACUAAAAAGGAGGAACGUGACGCCGAACCCGAAUAAAAAUGGGGUCGAAAUGGAUGUUGAAGUUGAAGUGAAGCCGGAUGAAGGAAAUGAAAAUGAAACUAAGGAAGAGAUGAUGCAUGAAACAGAAGACGCGGGAGGUGAAGCUCCGAACGACGUUGUUCGAGAAAUUGAUGUGUAUUUUGCUUCUCCUAUUGAUCCUAAUACUAGGGCAAUCAAGUUUAAGGUAACGGUGAAGCCAGCAAGUUCAGAAUUUGAAGUUGAUUUGGCAGUUAAUGUGGAUUCCAGUAACUAUGAUUGUGAUGCUGAUCCUAAAGUGCAGAUAACAAAGCAGGAUGGAAAGCCGACUCAUUCAAAGAUUGGGGAGAGACUCUUGCUUCAUCAUGGGAACCACUUCACACAAGCGGGUAUGCUGUUGAGGACCUUGGGGUUAGGAGGAAAUAAGUUCUGCAGCUCCGACAAUCAAUGCAAGGACUCAAGCCCAGGGAUUCUAAAAAUAAGAAAAUUGAAACUGGUAAUGGUGAAGGUGCUGUUAAUGUGGAAGAGCCCAAGGAAGAAAAACCUUUAGCGGCAUCAAAGAAAUUCUUAAAACUCAAUCCUACUGUUGCAAAGAAGAAAGAAGAAGCAUGGGAGGCCUUGGAAAAGAAGUUAAAUGAUCUUCUUUUUGGAGGAAGAAAUGGACCUGGUAUGAAAAAUGCGUCGAAGUCUAUAGUCAUAAACAAUCUUGCCACGUCAAUGAGUUCCAGUAAAGUAACUCUGAAAACUUCAAAUGGGGUAUCCUCGAGGACUCCAAUGCCAGAAGAGACUCGAGAAGCUUUAAUGAAGCCCUUCAGAAACUUUUCAAAAGCAUCAAGGGUUGCAAGUGAGAUCAUUUUAUUACAUCAAGUCCUUAUUUUCAAAUAGUUGGUCAUAUUUGUGAUUGAAGAUAUUUAUCGUCACUGCAUUGACAUUUUAUAUCCUAAAGCUCACAGAAGCUAAUUGUAGGUUAACAGUUAUUUUGCAUGUGAUUUGAUUAAUGUUUGACGAUUUUUUUUUUCACACGCAAUAAGUUUUGCUGUGAUUUUUUCAUCCAUGCCUUUUCUGGCCGUGGUUCAUUAAAUUGAGACAUGAUAUAGUUAGUGGAAGAGUUGGGAAGAUGGGUGGUCACGUGAAUUAGUUCUCUGCUUGCACUUAGCAUGAGACACUAGUAAGAUUACAUUUUUGCAUUAGCUGGGUUGGUGCAAUUGACAUGGCUUAACAAAAUGCCAAUGAACCAUUACCAUAUUUGAACUUUUUUUGUUAUUUAUAUUAUUUAGAUUCUCAAUGGAAAGAUAAAAGGAACUAGUUUGAAUUUUCUUAUUUAAUUAACUUUAUUCAAGGUAACAUACCCUUUAAUCUAGCGAAUUUAACUUCAUCCUCAGAGUGGUAGGGUUUUCCUGUGGAAAUUUAGUUUGCUUGUCAACGUAUGCUAGUUUUCAACAAAGUUGCCAAUGUUUGAGGGACUUGGCAGUUUCUGAGUCCGCUUGUUCUAGGGGAUUGCCAAAGAGGCAGUUGCUGCAGCAAACAGCAUUGGUGCUUUCCCUGAUGAGCUUCAAGCAAUCAUUAAUCAAUUUGCGUUUAAUAUUCAUGGUGUUUAUGUUCCAAAAUCAUCACCAGAUCAUCCACAAUAUGAUCCAUUCAGGUUGUCAUUGACUUCUUAUUGCUGAAGGACCAAAUACAAAGCUCAAAAAGGCUCCCAUAGUCGAGGCUGCUAAGAUGGAACUUAAAAGGGAUAUACCUCAGAUUGAAUAUCAGAAGGUUUUACAAGAAAUAUGUGUAUCACAAGGUUCUGCAUGGGUCCUUAAAAGUGGUGAUGGAAAUCCACAAAAGUAAAGUUCAUUCAACCAAAUCAUAUGUGAGUCUAUAAGGAACUUCUUUUUCGAUUGUUUGCUAUUGCAAGAACAUGUGCUGUUUUUUUGUGGAACAAGGUAAUUGUUUGGCCUUAUAGUCGGUACCCGUGGUUCAUCCGAAUAAUUCUUAUUUGAUAUUUGAUGAAAAUGGAAAAAUUAUAACGGCUUGCGAGGGUAUUGAUUCUCUUAAAUGAAUUAAAGAACUUGAGUGUUACAGCUUGGCUCGUGUUCGAGGUCUGUGGUAUUCAAUUUACAUGUGAACCUGACCCUUGUACCCUGGUCGAAGUGAUGCAGUAGGCACCUUGUACUAUCAAAACUUUCUUAUAAGUGCCUUUGCAAAAUUAAACCUUGUAUGUGGAAUUUUUUUGCGGGUGCUACACCAUUACCAUACUUCUCUGCCAAUUUAUUUGUUCACUAACAGGAAUACUAUUUGUCCGGAUUCAGAUCAGCUCACCGGAGUAUGAUUAGUGUAUGCGUUGAUGUUCUCACACCGCAUAAUCAAACAUAGAAAAGCAGACGAAGAGAAAGAUGAUAGGUCUCGAAAUACUUCAUUUACAUACAGGUUAUUCAUUGUACAGCUAAAUUAGUUUCUAACUAAGUACGGCCAUUUUCUCAUUUUGGCUAUUGGUUGGCCGGGCAUUAUAGGACUCUUGUUAGAUCGUGAUUGUUCAUGUUUAUUGCUUCUAACAGCUUUCAGAAAUUAAUAUAAAGGGUGUAACAUUGAAAUGUUA